AUGGAGAAACCCAUUGAGCACCAGUUGCUGCGGCUUCAUGUCCUUUUAGGCGAUGAUGAGCACCAACUGGAUGAGGUUUACCAAGCUUUCCAGGAGAUCGACAGGAGUGGCAAAGGCCAAUUGAAGAAUGUCGCUGAACUUGAGUCGGUGCUCCGCGAAUUUCUGUCCCCGAAGGAUUUAAAGAAAAUUGAUGUCGAGAAGCUUUUGGCGCGUUUUCCUACCGCCAACAAGGGUUUCGACUAUACAGCAUUCUGUAAAGCUCUUCAGCAACCCCCUAUACUCCAGCAACAGCAGCAACAGUCUGGUCGGCAAUCUCCAUCGAAGCGAAAACUUCGUAGCCCCACGAAGCUUCAACAGCGAGAGCAAGCUCGGAUGCGGAUUGACCAGCGAUUGGAAUCUCAGCGGCUGCUCAUGGAGAGUGUUCGCCACAAACUCAUCCGUGGAGUUGUGGGCGACGAUAGCGACGGGUACCACGGGAUUCAGAACGCCCUUCACCGCCUGGAUGUUGCAGGUGAUGGCUACUUGGACGCAAACGUGUUCAUGAAAAAGUUCGUUCAGCGCCUAAAGUGCCCAUUGACACGACCCGAACGAGAGUUGCUGCUUGAACAACUGCGAGCGCAGAGCACAGGGAAGGCAGAAGACGUUCUCGACUACGAGCAGCUUACGGUCCCCACUGCGGACUGGCUGCGGUUUCUACUACAUCGAUUCGAGAAGUUCGACAAGAAGCUGCAUGGCUCAAUGAAAGGAGCACUUCCAACUGAUGUUCAAGGUCGCUCUGCUGUUCUGAAGCUGACCGUGGAUGAGGCAGCACAGGUCACGUCGCUCUUCCUGCGGUCCUCUACAAACAGCUCACCGAAGCGUCUGCACUAUCACGAGUUCCUUGUGUUUGUCAAUGAAUGCCACCGGACGCCUAAAGUUACAGCUCCACCAGCCAUCGAUACGAAGUCCGAGAUUAAACAAAUGCUGACGGCUCAACCUCCGCCACCAACCUCCCCUAAAUCUACCGAGAUCUCCCAACCCGAACGAGUAUCUCCAGACGCAGCUUCCGAGCUCGACACUUCCGACAUGUCAGUGGGCGACUACCUCAUGUAUCACGCCACCAUCCAAGAACGACGCAACUUUGAAACCCUCAUGGAGGUGCUGCAGGACUUCAAAAAGAAGGCGGCAAAAGGCGACCAAGACAUUGCCAUCCAACCCACGCUACCGCCCUCUAUUAUGGUGAACCAGCAGAAGAGCAAGUGCCAGCUGCGCCUCGAGGCGCGCUCGCGGCUCGCGUGCUGCACGCCGGCGUCGGCGUCGGACCUGGAGGCGCAGCUGCAGUCCCGCAUCGCGCGCGCCGCCGAGGUCCGCGCCGUGCGUACGCGGCAACUUUCCGCGCGGGCGCGCGCGCGCGUUCAGCACGCGCAGGACGUGGCCAGGGGCAUGCGCGUGAAGCGGCACGAGGAGACGCGCCGCACCCGCCAAUUUUCCGCCUCGAAGCUGGACGAGGCCGCCAGGCGCCGCCACGAGCAGCUGGAGCAGCUUCAACUCCAGUGCAAGCAGCGCGCCGACCUCAUCUCGGAGAAGGUGGAGCUCGUGCGCGCCGACCAGAGCGACCGCGCGGCCAGGGCGCGGCGCGCGCUCGCGGGGCAGCUGGACGACGCCGCGCGCCGCCGCGAGCAGCAGACGCAGCAGCGCGUGCGCCGCCUGAGCGCGCGCUGGCAGAGUGUGGAGAGCGUCAAGGACCGCGUGGCGCGCGCCAAGUUCAUCCAGCGCUGGUUCCGGCGCCAAGUGGCGAGCCGCAAGACGGCGGCGGCGCUGAGGCAGGUGCAGCAGGACGUGGCAAAGGUGGUCAAGUGCUGGGGGCAGAUGGCCACGGCGAGCUUCGAGCAGUGCAUGACGCUGCUGCAGCAGCGCCCCGUGGUGCAGGCGGCGCAGAGGCUGCUCAAGGUGCUGACUGCGGAGGAGGUGCGGAAAGUUGCCUCCCCUCUCCCCGCCUCGCCGAAUGGAGGAGGGCUAAGUUUCCGCGUGCUGAUGAUGGCCGGCAUGAUCUCGAUCCACCCGAACGAGAUCAUGGGCCAGGACCCGUCCAUGAGACUGCACUACGCAGCGAGUGUGAUUCUGAGCGAGAUGAAGAGCUUGUCCCAGUGUCUAAAGGUGAAGGAUGAUGGGUUCCAGAGCACCCAGGAGCUGACCAAGUGCGUGUCGAGGCUCUCGGCUAGGUUCGCGUUCUACAUUGAAGCUUUCGCACGCUGGAAGGCGAGGGACGCGGAGCGGCUGGCGAACGAGUUGCUGGCGUCGUACAGGGAGCUGAUGCUGGUGCAGAGGAAGUAUGAGACGCAGGCGCAGGAGGCACAGAACGGCGUGGACGGAGUACACGAGCUGCUGCGACAGACGCAAGGGCAGUUGAUGCAGAUGCAAAGGGCUCUGGAGAGACUGCUGGGAAGGGAUGGAGCGAAGCAGAAGGUGGAGGAGCUGGGGCAGAGCCUUAAGCAGGAGCAGGAUGCUGGCGCUCAGUCAGUUGGGGCCGGCGUAUCGGGUUCAGGUUCAAGUGGUGGAGGCAAUAAUGGUUCGUCCGAUGAUGACACGACUUUGUCUUCAUCCCCGCCGAUAGAUUCAGGUGAUGAAGGUGAUCAGGGCAAGAAGGGGGAUGAUGACGAGGAGAUGCAGGGCGAUGACGAACCGGAAAGCAAGACGUCGAACGCAGUUCCGCCGAGUGUGAACCAGGCUCUACUGGCUGACCGGAAGCUGGUGCACGAGCUGAUUUUGAACCCGCAGUUCCAGAUUCCUCGGGAUAAAGAUGUCGAAGCGUCUGCAGCGGCCGUGGCAUCGAAGCAGUCGGUGGCGGCGAUGGCGGUCCGUGUUCGAGAAGCGAUGACGAAGGCGUUCUGGGACCGCGUGAUCGAAGCAAACGAUGUAGAGACGCUUCUGGCUCGUACGGAAGAGCUCCGGACUACCUUUCGGGAUGCUUUGGGAGGUGGAAGCGGCGCAGGUUUAGGCUCGGGACUUUCGGCGCUGGCAGACCAAGUGGACAGUGCAUUGCGUCCGGACCAAUUGCGAGAGCUGAUGCAAGACCCCAUGCGAAACGUUCACGCAAUUCAAGCUCGGUGCAACGGUGUCCUGGAUGCUAUUGAGCGAACCGAGGCUCCGACCCGAGCCGAGUCCACGCGUGGAUUCCGCUCCGACUGGGCCCAGCGAAUUGCAGCUGGAGUCAUGACACCGGUACAGUUGCUGGUGGCAUUUUUGGCGUUCGCUUUGGAUAAAGUGGAUGAGCUACGCAGCGAUGUACUUAACGCGCACCUGGGUCUCCUGGGUGCUUAUCUGCAGCGGCACGGCGUCGAGUAUGAGCAGAGACAACUUCAAGCGCGCUUGGCCGAAGCAGGAAGUUUUGAGGCGGGUUUCCCCAUGACUGUGAAGUGGCUGGGUCUGGAGUUGGAAGCUUAUCUGUCUCGCUCGGAGGUCAAUGAUGCAGAGCGCAGCCGACUGGCACGCUACGAUGGGGCUGCUUUUGAGCGAUUUGUGCGCGCGAGUAUCUGGUCCCUCGUGGAGAAGCACAUUGAUGGUACCGCUUCACGUGCUUGGCCCGAGACUUUCGAGCUGGAUAUUCCUCGAAUCCGUGCCUGGCGUGAUGUACUUGACCGCAUCGCUGUUGUGUCGAGUCUCCUGGCACUGGUGCAGGAGUACGUAGCUCGUCGCAGUCUGACUACACCUGUAGGGUUCUUCCAGGCAGUUGGCCAGCAGCUGAGCACCCUGCUUCGUUCUCCUGGUGUUUCCGGUGCGCAGCUAGCAGCCCAAGCGACCCAGGACGUUCGUCAGCUAGAGAGCUCCCGAAGUGAAUAUGCUCAACAGGAGCUCGAAGCUCUCGAGAAGCGUCUGCUCGGCUCAUUCGCUGCCGACAACCCUGUCUUCAAGCUCUUCUUCUCGCGUGCGGCGCGUGCAUUCGAGACUGCGCUGCUCUCAAAGGGAAGCAACUCGAACGACCUGCACCCGUCGCUAGCUCCGUUUGCAGCCGAGAUCACCGAAGCGACCUCAGUGCUGCGUCACCUGGCCAAGCACAACGAGAGCGUGUACGCGUCACUGUACAACAGUAUCAUCAAGACCCUGGUACCAGCCCCCUAGGCUGCUGCUAGUUUUGGGCCGCGAAGCAACGCGGCCUCUUUGGACCGUUCUGUAGGUUUGGUCACUAUUUGCGAAAAAUAUCUGUUUCUGGUCUUCU